UCCUUCUGUGAGCAGAGCUUCCUGGUGCAGCCUCUUUAUUCACCCACCCAGCAGAAGCGGGUUCCUGGCAAGACAUGGAGAGACUGAACUUCCAAGGGGCUGCAGGGGCAAUAGAUGAUUACUUGGAAUAUAGGAGAAUUGUUGGCGAGGAUGAUGGCGGAAAACUUUUUACUCCAGAAGAAUAUGAAGAAUACAAGAAAACAAUACUUCCAGCACGACUGCAGAACAGAUUAUAUGUCAGUUGGAGAUCACCAACUGGUAUGGACUGCAAGCUUAUAGGACCAGAGACUCGAUGCUUUUGUACUCACAGAUAUAAACAGCACAAAACAGAUUUUAAGGAGCUCCCUAAGGAUCGGCCAAUUCAUUUGCCUUGUAAAGUGAGUCGCUGUCCUUGCAAAUCAUAUCACUAUGUUCCACUCAAUGGAUCACAGCCAAUUCGCUGUCGAUGCAAGCACUUCGCUGAUGAUCACAGUGUAGCAGGCGACUUUCACUGCAACAAAUGUUCAAAAUGUGCAGGCUUUCACAGUUCCUUCACUUGUGGAUGUACUCAACCGGCCUACGCUCAUGAAACUGUUGUGGAAACAAAAGAAGAACGUCUUGCACAGGGAAAACCUGUGGGACGAGAUGUGCCAUAUGCUGCGAUGGGAGGGUUGACUGGCUUCAGCUCACUUGCAGAGGGCUACAUGAGAUUAGAUGACAGUGGAAUAGGUGCACCCAGUCAGCAGUUUUUGGAGUCACCCGACAAUGGCGCAUUUCAUCCAUUUUUAAGAGCAUAUGGGUCCCAACACAUAAAUCAGCAAGAUAGAGCAGCAUUGGGCAUUGAGAAACAAGUGUCAGAUUUAAAGAUAUCUGAGAAAGAUGAGAUGGCUUUCUAUGAAAAGAGAUACCAGGAGAGGUUGCAGAAAGAAAAGGAGGAAAAGAGACGAAAGAACGUUAAACCACCCAGCAUGCCAAAGCAAUGAAGAUUUUUAGCUGUCUUGGAAAAUGUUUGGCAGCUUUUGAAAAUCCUGACUGUAUAUAGCUAUUGACUUGGCAAUGGAUCAUUCCCAAAUUUUGCUUUGAAAUGUACAUAAAUUGACGCAAUAUAGAUUGAGCAUUUGUUUAGCUGAUAAAUAAAAUACUAAUUAAUUAAUUUUAAAUAUACUGCAAAGCAAUGUGGAAAAAAUAAACAAAUGGGAGGAACCAAUGUAAAUUGAAAAUCACACUCAGGAAAACUACAUUUUGCUACUUCAAAGGAGUAUUUGCGAGAGCCAACUAAACUUGUAACUCACCCAUUUCUGAAGUCAGAGGAAUUUUAACUUUCAAAUUUAAAAUGUAUAGACAUUGCAUAUACCCCUCUUUUUGAUGUUUUCCAUGGUAGUGCAUUGGGAAUCAAAAAUAUGUUAGCCAGGUGACACCACGUAAGAGUAUACAAGUGGUUUAAACCAAUGCCAGAAUACAAGUCAGUGAAUAGGCCACACAUACUCAUCCCAGUUUUACUGAAGUAUUAUACUAAUGGAUUUGAUCAUAUCCCUUCUUUUAUGUGUUCCUUAGCUGGGGUCACUACUAUUUUGAAGAUAAAGCAAUCUCACAUCAAACCUUACAGGAUUUUAGUUUAUGUUGUAAUCCUAAUUUAUUUGGAUUUAUAUUUAUUUUCAGUCUAAUUUUACUCCUAUGCACAUUUGUCUUCAAUGCUGGGAUUCU